GCGGAAGAGGAAAGUCUGCAAAGGCUAUGCGAUCGUCAAAAAUAAGCUAAGUUAGCAAUGGUAAUUUCAGCUAGUAAGUGCUAUGGUCCAAUAUAAUAAUAAAACAACCGCUCCACCGUAUCAUUCAAGUGAAUGUGUGGAAGGACUAACUGUCAUUCAACUAAUCGUUAUAAUAGGUAAACUUGGAUAAAGUUGAGUUUGCGGUCUAGCGUUGACGUUAUACAAUGGUUACGGCUAACGCAUAACCGCAGCUAGCUAGCAAACGUUCACGUUAGCAAGCAAACGUCCUGUAACAGUCAUACGUUAUUUUUCUCAAGUAGUUGUUACGAGUCGUUAUCAUCCUUAAAGACUGAGAGCAGUCCGGUUACCGACAGUGAACGCUUGGCUUUAAAAGUAGGUGUAUUUUUUCUUAAUUACCGUGUGAAAUAUAUACGACAAAAGGCGGAGACAAUGCAUCACGUCAAGAUCAAGACUGAAAGGCCAGAUUUAGAGGGGACUGGUGCUCGCAGCAGAUUGGAUGCUGUGUUAAAGGGACUGGUUGAGAAGAGUGAAAAUGAAAGGGAGCAAAAUGAGGGUGACACUGGAAAAAUAUCAUCGGACGCUUUAAACAAGGAUUUGUCUCCAUCAUCUGCUGGAAAAAGGCAAGUACCUUCAGCUCGAUUUCCACAGCAUCGGAGGAAGAAGAGAAAAGAAAUGGAUGAAGGCAUACCAGAGAGCAAUCAGCAUAAACAAAAUGCUUACAUUAUUAAGUUGUUUGAUCGGAGUGUGGAUUUGGCUCAGUUCAACACCAGCACCCCACUGUAUCCUAUCUGCCGUGCCUGGAUGAGAAACAACCCGUCUGUUCGAGAGCCAGCUGCUUCCCCGAGCCCCCCACACAGCAUGGUAGAGGAAGAGGUCACGGACAUGAUCAAUGGUAAAGGCCAGAAUGUGUACAGACUCCCUCCUCCAUCCUCCUGUCCAAACAGCACUUCUGGUGAACCCAUCAAUCUCAGGAUCCCACAUACUGAAAAAUCCACUGUUACCAAGUUGACAGAUUCAGUCCCUGUAUCAGGUUCUCUCAUAUGUGACCACAUGGAACGUUGGAAAAAGAUAAGGCAAAAAUGGAAGGAGUGCUCCAACAAGAACCAACUAAGAUACAGUGAGAGUAUCAAGAUCCUAAAGGAGAUGAAGGAGCUCUAUGAUCGCUAACUGGCUUCCUUAUAACUCCAUCACAGAAUGGACUCUCUAUACAGUUGGAAUGGAGCCAUGCCAUAGGACUCAAUGUCUGAAUACACCUGCCAUCUAAACAAUCAGACUCAUAGGGAAGUAUUAACCGAAAAUGGAGCCUUAAAUAGACCAUACGUCCUAUGCAUUGCAGAUUUUUUGUUUUUGAAAGAUGUUUAAAUUUGAUGCAAUUUCUUAUGCAGGAGUUUCUUUUAGUGUGAUGUGAGACUGUUUUUAAUCAUAAAAAAAAGCUACAUAUAUGUCUGAAUAAAUUAACUCAUCAGUAGUAUUUUUCCAUAAAAAAAGUGACUUGUGUAUCUGCAACAUUAACAAGACUGAUUAAAAUCCGUUGUGGUCUCUUCCACUUUCA